ACGAUUACAUGUUCCGCUUUACAAAACACGAACAUUUCGAAGUCUUCAAAUGUAAAUUUAACCCUUUACGGUACCACGCAUCGACGGUACCACAAUGGACUAUCUACCAAGAAUCAAACGGAGUAAGCACCCCCAAGAACGAGCGAAUUUUAUAUCACAACUAUUCUUUUUAUAUACCGCAAGUUUAUUUACGAAAGGGUACACCAGAGAUCUAGACGACUCGGAUUUGUAUGAGGUACCCCCAACUUUCAAAUCGAAGAAAUUAGCCGAACAACUGGACAAACACUGGCAGAAGCAGGUAAUGAAACAAAAGGAAACUUCAAUCUUCUUUUCCUUGCUGAAGUUUUACGGACUUUCGUACUUUUUACUAGGACUCAGUAAAAUUAUUUUGAAAACAUCUCUAAUUGUUAUCCGUCCAUUUGUGGUUGAAAAGUUUGCUUCAUUUUUCGUACCACACCAAAUCAACCCAAGUGGAACUUAUUCCAGUUUAUACGGAUUUUCCAUCAUCGGUUUAGUUCUUGUAGAAUGUUGGUACGACCAGUGGUACACUUUUAAAUUGUCUAGUUUAGAAAUCCAGGUCCGGGCUUCUUUAAGCGGACUAUUUUAUCGGAAGUGUUUAAGACAGUCAUCGCUAUCUUCAGAAAAUAUAGGCAAAAUUAUCAAUCUGUUAACCAAAGAUGUGUAUAAUUUUGAAAUGUGUAUCAAGACCGCUAACGAGACAUGGAUUAGUACGAUUCAAAUUAUUAUUAUCAGCUACAUCCUUACUGACAGAAUCGGCUACAUAGUAUUGAUUCUGGUACUAUUUCUUUUAAUAUUAGUACCCAUACAAGUACGCUUAGCAAUCAAAACCACAGUUUUAAAACUACAAAUGUUGGAAAAAACGGACGACAGAUUUCAAACAACCAAAGACAUACUUUUGAACAUUCGAACCAUAAAAAUGUACGCUUGGGAAAAAUUUUUCCACACGAAGUUAUUAAAUCUGCGAUCAAAAGAAGUGAAUCUGACUUUCGAAAUCUUUUUACUCAAGUUUAUAAUAAACAUAAAUGGGAUUGUAUGGACUUGUGCAACUUUUUUCAUAUGGAUGGCCAUCUUCAUCCAUAGCAACGAAGUAACUUCCGAGAUCGUUUUCUUCAUGUUUGACAGCCAUCGUACAAUUGGUUGCCUACUCACCAUCACUAUCCCCUUCUCGAUAUCACAGAUCGUUCAAACUGUGGCCACUAUCACAAGAGUUGAUGAGUUUUUGAAGAGAAAGGAGAUAUCUCGCGUUUUGAAAAUGUCAAAAAGAAGCAAAAUUGCACUAAAGAAUGUUUCAGUUGUAUAUAGAAAGGAAUCAGUCUUGAAUGAUAUUAAUUUAGAAUUUGAUGAAGGUUUGGUUUUGAUAAGUGGUGCUCCUGGCAGCGGCAAAACUUUUCUGUUGAAGACUAUUCUUGGCGAGUGCGACAUAACAAGAGGGAAUGUGGUAACAGAAGGUAGUAUUUCGUAUGCUUCUCAACAACCAUGGCUUUUCCCAGCAACGAUUCGCCAAAAUAUUGUUUUUGGGGAAGAGUUUGACGAAAAACGGUACAAUGCGGUGCUAACCGUCUGUGAUUUAGCUAACGAUUUUCAGUUAUUACAAAAUGGUGACCAAACAAUAAUAGAAGAUAGAAUUAACUUGAGUAAAGGUCAGUGCGUUAGAAUAAAUUUAGCACGGGCUUUAUACAAAGAGAGUGACAUUUAUUUACUGGAUGAUCCUCUAAUGGCUUUGGAUCCUUAUUUAAAAGAAUACGUUUUCAAAGCGUGUGUAAGAUUUCUUGACCACAAGUUAGUAGUUCUUGUGAUGCAAGAUCCAACAGAUUUUGUUGGUUAUCAAAGUUCCGUUGUUCUCGACAACGGAAAAAUAACUUCGAAUUACAACUCUCAAAUGAAAAUAAUAGCAAGAAAUGUACAUGACAAAAGACACAUGUUUGUUGAUGAUGAAUUAAAAUUUACUGACAAUGUUGAUGAAGAAACUCAGUUGUUGCCUACUCUUCAUUUGAAAAAUAUCUACAAAGAACGUAAUAAAGUUGGAGAAGUCGAGUGUAAAGUUUACAAGAAGUGGAUGGAAGCAGGUGGUGGUAUCCUUCAUUUUCUGCUGGUAGCUUUCUUUUUGGUGUUUCUUCCACUAACAACAAAUUUUCUAGAAGGAUCGAUUAAUCUAUGGGCAAUAAAUGAAGAAAAAAUAGCAAAUUACACCAGAACAAGAGCUUCACGCACCCCAGACGUAACAUUAUUGAUGAGAAAACGUACAAAUUCUGUUACUUUACAAAUUUUAUUCAUACUUCUUUUACUUGUUUUAUUCGUUACCACUAGCGUCGGUUUCUUAAACUUUGCCAAACGUGUAUCUCUCAAACUUCAUGAUCUUCUAGCACAUGCUUUAAUCAAUGUUAAUUUGCAUUUUUUCAAUACAUCUGUAGCAGAAAUCUUGAAUAAGAUAUCGCGAGAUUUUCUAAACAUAGAUGAAAUAAUUCCAUUUUUGUUCUACGAUUUGUCCAAGUUGUUGAUUCCACUGAUUUCACCCAUGAUUUUUAUUGUACCGAUCCAAAAAAUUUUUCUCGUGCCACUAGUUCUCUUAAUUUUUAUUUUAACCUUUAUAAGGAAGAUGUAUCUGACUAUUGGCAGAAGCCUAAAACGACUGGAAGCAUCUAGUAAAACUCCAAUGGUAGGCCACUUUAGUGCUAUGCUCAGUGGGUUAACUACAGUGAAAUCCCAAAAAUGCGAACAAAAAGUACUCGAAGAAUUUGAUAAUCAUCUAGAUCUACAGAUCUCUGCUUCUUUUACAUAUAUGUCUGCUACUAGAGCAUUUUCUCUAGCAGUUGGCUGGACUUCUACAAUUUUUCUAGGGAUUGUUAUAAGUAGAUUUUUUGUCGUUAGAUCAGACCCAUUAAGUGUUACAUUUACAAUCUUCCAAACUCUACUCUUAAUCGAAAUAUCAAAUGCAGUUUUCCUCACUUGGGCUGAAAUCGAAACUCAUAUGACGUCAGUAGAACGCGUUUUGGAGUUAACCCAAGUCCGACAAGAAUGUCCAGCAAAUUGUAUGACUGAAAUAUGGUCGAAACCAGGCUACAUCAAGUUCCACAAUGUUUGUUUAUACGAAACGAUCUCAAACAACGUAAGUUUUGUUAUCCACCCUAAAGAAAAAAUUGGAGUUGUUGGAAGAAGUGGCUCCGGAAAGUCGGCACUAAUUUCCACUUUAUUUAAAUUAGAAAAUUUUGAUGGUCAAGUUUUUGUAAACGGCGUCGAUUUAAAAACUUUGCCUCCAGAAUAUCUACGGUCGAAAAUUUCGUCGAUUCCUCAAGAUGUAACCAUUUUUGAAGGCACAAUAAAAGAAAACUUGGACCCUUUUAAUAAAUACCCAGACAGUGAAAUUUGGGACGUUCUACAACUUGUUAAUCUGAAGAAAUUCGUGUGGGAUUUGAAUGUUAAUGUUAAUGACACUUACAUCGUUGGAAGAGUUCGACAGAUCUUGCUCUGUUUAGCCAAAGUUAUUUUAGAGAAAAAUGAGAUUGUGGUUUUUGAUGAAUUUCUUGUUAAUAUUGGAGACAGUUUAAGAAAUUUAGUUUGUAAUUUGAUUCAAACGGUAUUUGUAAAUUCGACAAUGAUAAUAGUGACUCAUGAUUUGCACAUUCUUUCUUGUUGUAAUAAAGUAAUGGUUUUGGAUGAGGGUAGAAUAGUCGAUUUUCGUACUUUUUCGCGACUGAGUAGAGAUGAGGAAGGGAUAUUUUUCCAAAUGUUGAGCAAAAAAUCAAAAGAAAUACUACACAAAAGUUAAUGUUGUUCAUAAUAAUUGUCACACUGUAAUUUGUUUAUAUUUUUAUUGCCAGUCACUGUAAAGAAAUUAAUUUUAAGUGUUAUAAGUACACGUAGAUAUAUAUCGUUUAUCUGCAGCAGGUACAUGUUUUAUCGAGCAUUUUAUCUUUCUUUUUUUAAUAAUUUUCUAAAAACGAUAACGACACGCGCCGCUGUGUUGUUGAUAUAUUUUGUCCACGCCACUGGAAUAACUGUCACUGGCGCAACAAUUCUGUGAUUAAAACCCAUAAUUUAACUUUAAAUUUUUGCAACAUUUGAGUUUAUUUGUUAAACAUAUAAAUCGUAUCCAAAUGUGUUGUAUAAAUAAAUAAAAUAAACAUAUUUUAAACGGAAAC